AUGACUUCAGUUUCUACUCAAACACGAUGUACUUUAUCUUCAACAACAGCAAAGUGGCACGAUCCCCUCACCGCCACUGUCUGCCUUGCAAUCGCCUCCCUCUGCCUCAAUCAUGAUUGUGCCAUGCAUUCUGAUGCGAAGAUGGAGAAUCGAUGUGUUGUUGAUGUUGAAGAUGAUUUAAGAGUUCUUUGUAGAGAGAGUAGAGUUUUUCUCAUGAGUUAUCCCUCUGUCCAGAAUCGUGUAUUUUUCUUAGUUGCUUGUGAAAAUCUGGAUCUGAAAUCGUGUUUUUCUCUCAGUUUGAGAUUGUGUUUUCUGUUGCAAUUUCCUUCUCUGAGUUUUAUGUAUAUCCUUAAUCUGAAAUUGUGA